AUGGCCUCAUCCGAAGGGUUUAGCCUCAGCGAGGUGCCCGUUCGAACGCCGCGCAGACGACGUCGGCCGGCCUUAUCAUGUGUCCAAUGUCGACACCGAAAGGUCAAGUGUGAUAGGAAGUUACCCUGCACUCAAUGUUCCCAAUACAAUAGCGCCACCAGCGCUGCCUGCAAAUACGACGAUCCCGAAGUUGCCGCCAAGGGAAAGUUGUCUAAUUUCGCCCAACAAACUCUUCACGAUACCUUAUCCAUACCGCCUUCAAAUUCAAAUCAUGGAUUUUCCGGGCCAAACGAUACUAUUCCGUUCAACAGCUUAUCAGCCCCAGUUCUCCCUGGAUUCGAAAAUCGCUCUCUAAGCUCAAGUGUUCCCUGGAGACCUCCACCGCCAGCAGCCGAAUACACCCGAUCUGAGCAACAUGCCUCUGAAAGCUCAGUUGGGGCAAGAACACCUCAAACAGAAGCAGGCAUUCAAGAACUCAAAGAACGUGUUCAAAAGUUGGAGGAUACAACAUCAAGUUCGAAUAACUAUUCCUCGAGACGGAUUGAGACCGGCCCAUCGUUGUCCAUAACCAAAAUCCCCAAACUACGAGGCAACAUUAACAAAACUAGAUUCUUUGGUAUGAGCCACUGGAUGAAUACAUUUGACGAGUUCGAUCAACUCCGUUCCUUGAAGAAUUACGAGAAGUUCGACAAUGGCUCGGAACUUCAGAAGCUUUUGAAGAAAUGUAAAGAUAUGGCAAGGGUGGUUAAGGCUGAACGUCCAAUUAGUUCCUACACUCUUCCGGACUUCAAAUCUCAUAUCCCAUCACAAGAAAUUGCGGAUCAGCUAGUUCAGCUUUACUUUGAUACCUUUGAGUCAACGUAUCGGAUUUUGCAUCGAGGACUCUUUUUCAAAGAGUAUGAGCAAUAUUGGAAGGACCCAGCCGCUGGAAGCACCAGUUUUGUUGUCAAGCUGCUACUCGUUCUGGCCAUUGGUACUAUUUUCUACGAUGACGGUACCAACGGAACUGCUUUACGCUCUCUGGCUCCUCAGUGGAUAUACGCAGCUCAAACUUGGCUUAGCGGCCCUUUCGAAAAGGCAAGAUUGAAUCUUGCAGGAAUUGAAGCCCAAUGCCUUUUCACCCUUGCUCGCCAGACGCACAACCUUGAAAGUGAUCUACUCUGGAUAAAUGUUGGAACACUUUUCCGUACCGCCAUGAGCAUGGGUCUCCACCGCGAUCCUUCCCACUUCCCCAAAAUUUCAGUCUUCCAUGCAGAACUACGCAGACGUCUCUGGGCUACAAUUACCGAACUCACCACUCAGUCCUCGCUCGACUGUGGAAUGCCGCCUAUGUUUUCAUUCAACGAUUUUGACUGCGAGCCGCCCGCAAAUUACAACGACGCGGAUAUCGACGAACAAACCAAGACCUAUUCAACUCGAAAACCAGAUACGGUCUACACAGACUCUUCAAUUCAAAUCACCCUUCUCCAAUCCCUACGUACAAGACUGGAGAUUAGCUUCUUGAUCAACGAUUUUCGCUCCAUCCCACCUUACGAAAAGGUGCUGGCACUGAGCAGCGACCUCACAUCCCACAUACGCUCACAUUCCACCCUCUAUACCUCACCUCAAGCGCCCCAAACCGCCUUCACAACAUCACACAGGAACCUCCUAGACCUCUUCACCCGCCGCUUCCUGCUCGCCUUGCACCACCCCUUCGCCAUCCAAGCAAAAACCGACCACCGAUUCUACUUCUCGCGGAAAAUGUCCCUGGACGCCGCGCUAGCCAUUCUCUCGCACCCCUAUCCAAGCAACGAUCCCUCCUCAUCCCCAUCCACAUCCACAUCAGAAAACCAACACCUCCCGCUCACGCUCCUUCUCACCGGCGGCUUCUUCGAGGAAAUCCUGUGGCGCGCCUCCACAGCCGUGGCGCUGGAGCUGAUAAAUCAAAUCAAGGAGGAUUCGUCGCCAGCGUCGGAAGCAGGGAAGGUGGGGAGGAGACCGCUGCAUGAUGCACUGGAUAAACUAGUGCGGGUGGAGAGGAGGAGGGUGGAGAUUGGGAGUGAGACGAAUGUUAAGGGGUACUUGUUUUUGUGCAUGGUGCAGAGUCAGGCUGCCGCAAUGGAGAGUGGGAAGGAUUUUAGAGAGGCGAUUGCUGGGAGGGCGAAAGUGGCUGCGGAAGAGGCGUAUGGGUUGUUGAGGAGAUUGGUCACGCAUACCCUGGUUGAUGAACAGAGGCCUGUUGAAAGAGCAAGUCAGGUGAUGGCGGAGUCUAAUGUUGAUUGGGAUCUUUUGAUGCAGGAUACGAUGAUCGAUUUCGAUGGUAUGAAUAAUUGGCUCUUUGACAGUUGGGAAGAUGCCCAUAAUCUGGUAUGA